AUGUCAAAGGGCCAAUUAGAUCCAUUAAAUCUAGAUUGGGUAGUAAGAUCUCCUACACAAGUAGUUAAUCCUACCGAUAUAUAUUCUCCAUUGUCAAGUAAACAGCUAGAUUAUUCUCUAAGAAAUUCUCAACAGGAAGCACACCAUCACCAUCACAAUCAUCAGCAUCGCAUUCGCAGUGAAAGUAGUAGCAGUAGUGAGAUCGCCAUGUCCCCGUCACUUAGCGAAAGCGAAAUGUCUCCUUUAUCACCAUUGGGAGAUUCUUCACGAAAUUCUUCUACAGAUAGUAAGGUAUUUAGAAUCAACUCUAUACAACCAUUGAGGAACUCUCAAUCUUUUAAAAUCUCGAGAGAAUCUUCAAAAAAUCAAUCUAAUGAAAAACUGUCUAGCUCAUAUACCGAUAAAAAUGACAUAGAAAAGUCGAGGAGAUCCAAUAAUAUAAUCCAAAAUUUUCCGCCAGAUCCUCAAAAAACUAUUAGAAGAACCAAAUCUACAAGCGAAGUUUUAAAAAAUUUACAGAACCCUAGCUCUAACUCAAUUACCUCAACUAAUAAUUACGGCAGUCCUCCUUCUAAUUCAGGCCACCAUUUAUUUAGAACGAGAAAAACAUUAAAUGAUUUACAACCAAUUAGUAGGAUUAAUAAUGCAACAAAAGAAAAAUCUAAGGAAAAAGAGCCUCGUUUAUCAUCUGGUGGAUUUUUAAAAGUUUUUUUGGAGGAACUCAUUCUCCUGCAAAGAGUAAUGUAA